AUGACGACAAGGGAUACAGUCCUGGCUGGGAUAUGGUCAGAAAUCUGGACAUUGUCCCUCAUAUUAGCAUUUGGUACUCCAGACCCCUUACCAGCACCCCAAGAGAAACUCCUUGACUUCAGAAGAGUCUUCUUGGGGGGGAUCUCACAAUAUCUAAUCAUUGAUCUGAGUGAGCAUAUGUCUAAUCUCUCCUCAGCAGAUGUGCGCUCGUAUGAGGGAAACUUUACAGACAGCACAGCAGGCUGGAGACCUGUGGUGCUGUCCUACGUGAUGUCUCCUCACCUGCACCAGAUAUCAGACAAUAGCAUUUGCACCUCAGUAGGUAAAGGGAAAUCCUGCAGCAUUGAAGCUGUCCUCAGGGCCACUUCACGCUUCCAGAGUUGGGUCCGCUCCAACCUACUGCUUCCCAGCAUGAUGAAGGGUCCGGUAAACCCGAUGCUGCGCUGUCCAUAUCAGAGGCUGCUGGACCGCAGUGUGGCUGAUGUGGGAAGUGUGCAGAUGAAGCGCUUCAGUGAAAAAGACAAACUCAGGCUUCUUUAUACCCUGAAUGCCAAUUAACAACCUCUCAUACUGCACAUAUAACAAUAAAAUGUUUCCAGACCCUUCCUCUGCUACCAGGGCCCCUGAGGAAAGAUGAUGGUCUGGGCAAGAAGAAAAGCUUUCAGGAGUCUGUUUUCCUCUCCGCUGGAGCGCCGUGCAGACAUUACCUAUCAACUUCUUCACAUUACCCAGAUCCUGAGCUCUAACAGCCUCCAGUUCAAACUCUUCUACACCAAUACCUCAGAGGACAUGUUUGGUACCUUGGAUGAUAGCAGGGUCUUUAUUGUGGAUGCCAGUACCAUAGGAUUUUUUGACUUGCAUGAAGGUCAGAUACCGCCGGAUGAAGACUUGCUACCAGAACAUCAUCUCCGGUCUCGGAUGUCGUGUGAAAGACUUCCUCCGUGUGAAACUGUUCGAGCCGCACAGAGUUUUAUCUUACUUUGCAAACAUGUCAUUAACAAUCUACUUGUGCCUAAUGAUGUGCAGUCAGGUCAUCAAGAAGCGGUCAGUGCACUUGCUAUCUGUGCACAACAAUCUCAGUCUGAGCAAAGAAGAAUUACUACUGUCCAAACCUUUAAAGCCAUUAUGCAGACAUUAAGGCCAUGCAGCUCUCAUAGGUAUCCUGCAUGCCUCAGUAGUGACAGGUUCUAGACUAAAGCAUGAAAAGGAACUGUGAAAUCUCAACAGUAAAUAUCAAGUGUUUCGGUGAUCAUAGCAUAGCUGGCAAACAAACAAUGAGACAUUAGGGAGAAAAAAAGAAAAGGAAACCAGUCUGUUCAAAUUGCAAAAAUUAAAGUCAGAGACAAGACCAGGAACUUCAUCACAAAAGAAGAAUAUUUUAAUUACAAAGACAACUCUGAUUAGUAACCCAAAAACCAUAUCAAUCUUCAUGUUUCUGUACAAUGCUUGCUAAGCAGUUUUAUUCAGGUAUAGAAAAUGUAAAAAGAGAAAUGUUCAAAAUGACAUUACUCCAUAAAUUUUAAUGGCAGGUACUCUUGAAAAAAAAAAAAAAAAUGCAUUCCAUCAACAAAUAUUUUCCAAGCAAUAAAUAUUUAUAAAUAGUGUAAAUUUACAACAAGAUUAGAAAUAUAUAUAUAUAUAUA